GGCUAGAUCCGUCGAGGGAAGAAGGGGCCUUUGCGUUGGCCCACCAAAAAAAAUCACAACUGUAUGUGUGUGGUUUCCCCGUGCUUGCCCGCUCUAAAGUCGCCACCGGACUUACGAUGGCACGGCCUUUGUGCGGGAUCGGUAAGGCGGCCCCGCUUUCCUCUCUUGGCGAAUAACAUGGAGAAGGGCGUUGACUGCUUUUCUCAGGAACCUUUCACCUACUUCACAGAAGAUGCUCUCAUGCUGGGUACAAAUACAGAUGGAGAUCUCACAAAAUAUGAGGAAUGCUUAAAGCACAUGCAAAAGAAGUCCAUCCCACAAUUCUUGAAAAACAAUGGUCUGCAACACCUCGUGACGAAUCCCGAACUGGCGGCAUCGGUGUGCCGCUACCUGCUGUACGUGGUCUCCUGCCACAGCGACCUUGUGGUCGUCAAUGCGGCGGCCAACACUCUCCUGUACCACGUCGAGAGUGGCGUCUGCUUCGCCCCCGACCGGUCACAGAUAUUGGCAAUUGCCAUGAACAUGGGUGGUCCGGUGUAUAUCCGAGCUGCUGCGGUGGAAUGGCCCCUACUGGACUGACGCCGCCCGCGACAUGCUCUUCGACCUGCUGGUCGCCAUGCUGAUCGACUCGCGCAUGCGCGAGACCAUGAUGGACCAUCAUGCCACGCUGUGUCUGGGCCACCUGUUUAACACCUACAGCGAGGCUGCGUGGUCCGAAAAGAAGGUUAGUCGGUCUGUCCUU